UAAACAUUUAAUGCAAUAAAGUGAAUAAGGACUUUUGUGGUAAACAAUUCCAAAGGAUUUUGUGCAAUCUAAAAUCAUUUAUGAGGCAACAGUAACUAAAUUGGGGAAAAAGAAACAUUAAAGACAUCUUGUGAUUACUGACAAACAUAUUUUAUUAUUCAAAGUAAUUAAAACUUGAUUUAAAAGGAAAAUGGUAAAUAUGUACAUAAAUUGUUGCCAUUAAAUUUUUCAACUAGAUUUGAAAUAUUUAGAGAUGCUCCUAUUUUAAAAGCAAAUGUUCAAACAAAAAAAUCAACACCAAAUACUCCUCAUUCUAAUAGACUUGAUAUUGUUAAACCAGAAGAUGUUUAGACUUUAGGAGAUAUAUUACAUAUAAGAUUGUAGAGUGAAUCAUCAGAAAAAUAUUGGGAUUUUACAAGUGAUUAAGAAACACUGAAAGUAUUUAGAAAACUAUUUGGUUAAAAAAUAAAUCAAAUGGGAUUUCAUCAUAUGUUUAAAGUGUUUAAAAAGAUUGGUAAAGGCAACUUUGCAAGUGUGUAUUUAGCAGAAAGAAUAGAAGAUGGAUAAUAAAUGGCUAUUAAAGCAUUUUCAAAAAGUGCAGUAUAUGCUGAAGAAAAUGGAAAAGUAAUAUUAUAAAUAUAAUAAUAAGGAAGGAUUAAUAAACGAAAUAACAAUAAUGAGAGAAUUAGAUCAUCCAAAUAUUAUGAAACUUUAUGAAGUUUAUGAAACACAAAAUUCUUUAUAUAUGGGUUUAGAAUUAUUAUAGGGAGGUUAGCUCUAUGAUAUAAUGAAGAAGAAAGUGAUAUUAACUAACAAAUAGAUUCAGUCUAUAAUGAAAGGAUUAUUGGAUGGUUUAGCACAUAUGCAUUCUAAAAAUAUUAUGCAUAGAGAUUUAAAAUUAGAGAACAUAUUAUUUAAAGAAUAAAAGUAAUAGAAAUAUUUACAUUAUAGUGAUAUAAAUUCUGUAGUAAUAGCUGAUUUUGGUUUAGCAACAUUUGUAAAUCUUCCAGUCUAUUUAUAUUGUAGAUGUGGAACACCAGGUUUUGUUGCACCUGAAGUAAUAAAUAUUUCAGAUAUGACAACAACUUAUGAUAGUGUUUGUGAUGUUUAUUCCUUAGGAUUAGUAUUUCAUAUUCUACUUACAGGUAAACCAGGUUUCUCAGGUAGAAGCUAUAAUACAAUUGUUUAACAAAAUAAAGAGGCUAAGGUCAAUUUUAAAAGUUAAGUGUUUGAUGUGGUACCUCCUUAAGCAUUUGAAUUAUUAAAAUAAAUGUUAGAACCUAAUCCAAAGAAAAGAAUUACUGCUAAAGAUGCUAUUAAAUUUGAAUAUAUUUAAUUAUGUGAGGGAAAUUAAUAAAACACCUCAACAGAAGAUGAUGGUAACAUAGGAGAAGUUGAUGAUAAACCAGGUUUGAAUGUAAGAAUAUAAUAAAUCAAUGAAUAGUAAAAAAUUCAAUUAUAUAAUAUAUAGAGCUGCAAAAUUUGAUAUGCUUAGAAUCAAUCAAUUGACUAAUUCACCUUUAAAAUCACCAGUCAUGUAAGCUACUAACAAAAUGAAAGAAGUUUAAAAUAAAGAUUAAUAAAUGAUUAUGAGAACUCCUGUUAUUACUGGGAGAACUGUUGGAUGUGAAGGUAUAUUAAUUUAAUAUAAUAAUUAAUAGAAUCUCCUAAUAUGAACUAAUUUGUUUCACCAAGUGUGUAAUUCAAAAAACUCUAAUAAAAGUAAAUACUAUAUUAUAUCAAUACAUAGUUAAUAAGAAGCGCCUACUGGUAAUGUUUUGUUAAAAUAUACCUAAAAACCACAGUAACAAUAACCUAAAGACAAUGAAGAUCAAAAAAAAGAAUAAUCUAAUGUUGCCAAAUCAGUAAAAGCUGCACUUAGCAAACAUAUUUGAUCUAAAUCAAU